AUGAACAUCACCGGAAGGGUGGCAGCUUCCCUGGUCAUGGAGGAACCGCUGCAGUUGAACCCUUUCGACGCUGCCUCCCCGUCCUGCAGCAUUGAGGUGCCACACGACUGUGUGUCUCCUGCUCACAGCAGCGUGGCAGAGUCUGAUGCAACAUACUCUCCAUCCCGCUCUGCCGAAGGUUUCGAGAGUGGCGGACAAACUGCGUCAAGUCCACCAGCACCAGGAAAAGAACGCCAGUUCCUGGUCUUUGAGAGCUGCCUGCGAGAACUCUUCAGGACAUGCCAGGAGUGCUCAAGACCCUGCCAAAAUGACAUCACAAGCCAGGGUAUGCUCAUCACAGUGGUCAGCAUCUGCCCUCUCGAGCACGUGCGGAAGUGGAGCAGCCAACCCAUCAUCAAUGGAAGAGGCGCAGGAAACAUUCUGUUGACAAGGCACCUGCUCUUCUCUGGAGCCCAGGUGACGAACACUCUUCGGAUGCUCCGCCACAUGAACGCCGAGAUGAUGAGCGAUCAGAUGUACAACACCUAUCAGAACGCCCUCCUGUUCCCUGCAGUGGACAAGAUAUGGCUACAAGAACAAGAAGAGCUGAUCAGUCAGCUGGACAGUCAAGAAGUUGACAUUACUGCCGAUGGACGGUUCGAUUCUCCUGGGUUUUCUGCAAAGUACCUCACAUACUCGGCUCACGUCCAACAGAUCAACAAGAUUCUCCACUCUGUGCAGGUCCAGCUAGGAGAGUUAGAGCGAGCAAUGGCCAGUGUCAACAUGGAAAAGGAAGGCCUCAUCAAGCAGCUAAAAUUUUUGAGGGAGAAAUGUAUCCACAUCCGGUCCUUGGGGACUGAUCGCCACCCUGCCAUACGGAAGCACAUGGAGACCCAGGACCCCGGAAUCGCCCACUACUUCAACGUUUGGCACAUCUCCAAAAGUGUGAAGAAAAAGAUGGCGGCAGCAAGCAAACGAGCCGGCUGCCAAGAACUUCAAAUGUGGGUGCAGGCGACCACCAACCACCUCUACUAUUCGGCCAAGGCUGGGGCGGGUGACAGGAAACUGACCGUCGAUGUGUGGCUCAGUCUCCAGAACCAUGCCAUCAGCGAACACACGGGCCAUGGCGGGAGCUAUCCCAGGUGUCUGCACAACGAGAUACAAGACAGCACAAGAAAGUGGAUGGAUCCUAGCCAAAAUGUACAGUGCUUCUUGGUGGCACAUUUCAUCUUCACUGAAAUAUCACCAUCCUGCAGGACAGGACUUGCAAUCUUGCAUUACAACGAAAACUCAGACCGCUGCCAAGCUGUGACGCAACAGGGCGAUCCAUGUUUCACGGUGACCACAUCAAAGGCACGGAAGGGACACGCCACAGCACGUGAAAAGAAAAUGGAUCCAACUUAUGAGUACAUUGGAAAGCUAGUCCGGGAGGCGAUGGCCAGCAACGAGCAGCGCACGUCCCUUGAUGAGGCAGCAAUAGCCAAGAAACGCAUCUUUCCGGCACCCAUGAAUGCCGCCUUCACGAGGCCUUCCAAAAGGGAACUCGUGGAGGCAAGGAGGUCCCGGUUCGGCCAACUUACCCCGUGA